AUGUAUAAAUGGGAUAUUGCUAUUGCAUGGAGAGGGACAAUUAGAACAUUAGAAUGGGUUAAUGAUUUACAAUUUUUACUAGUGCCAGCACCUAAAGUUUUUGGUGGAGGUAGUUCAAUAUUGCCUUCAUUCAAACCUUUGGUGCAUCAAGGAUGGAACAGUAUAUAUACAUCUGAUGAUCCAAAAUCACCAUUUAAUAAAGCCAGUGCUAGAGACCAGGUCCUUGAAGAAGUGAAAAGAUUGGUUGAGAAAUACAAGAAUGAAGAGGUCAGUAUAAUUGUAACCGGACAUAGCCUAGGUGCAGCAGUAGCAACCUUAAAUGCAGUUGACAUAGUUUACAAUGGAUUCAACAAAACAAGCAACGGAAAGGAAUUUCCAGUGACAGCUUUUGUAUUUGCAAGUCCAAACGUUGGAGAUCUCAAUUUCAGGGUAGCAUUUUCAAAACUAAAAAAUCUCCAUAUUUUGAGAGUUGAUAACAUAUUAGAUAUUGUUCCAAAAUAUCCACCCAUUGGCUAUAUAGACGUUGGCGAAGUACUAGUAAUUGACACUGCCAAAUCCGAUUGCUUGAACUCUCCAGGAAACUUACAAACUUGGCAUAAUUUGGAGGCUUAUUUACAUGGAGUGGAUGGGACGGAGGGAGUACAUGUUAAAACUUUUCAAAGGAAAAUUAAUUGUCAUUGUUGUCUGGUCAGUAAUUGA